AUGGAUGGCAGUGGAACGUUUGGUAUGAACUCAGACUAUGAAAACUGGGGUGAUACCCCUGACGACCCCCAAUAUUGUGCCACCGAGGUACCUAACAAUGAGUAUGACGAGGAAACGAACACGGAACCAGACUAUGCUGAAAUCUUGAAUCUUUUCGAGAGUCUAUUUAGGGUGAUUGAAGAACUUCACUUUAACAUGCAACAAGCUUCUCGAAUUGUGCGUAUUCCGCAACGCACGUCCCCUUUGACGGGUCAUAUGUGGAUGUAUUGGGUCCUGACGAACCCCAACCGUACUACAUGCUACGAGCGCUUCCGGAUGUAUCCCUGUACCUUCAUGAAGCUAUGCAGCACAUUAAAAAAUAAUGGCUAUCUAGGGAAUAGCCGAUAUGUUAAGAUCACUGAGAAAGUAGCAGCAUUUCUCUUAGUUGUUUGCCAAGCGCACUCGCAGAGGAGUGUGGCCGACAGGCUGCAAAGAUCGACUCACACCAUAAGCACAUACGUUGGGCAAGUAUGCAAAGCCUUAUGUAGAUUGGGCAAUACGUUGAUACAACCGUGUGCCAUCGAGAUGCCUCACCCAUACGUUGCCCGUGACAGGCGAUACUACCCCUGGUUUAAGGAUUGCAUAGGUGCCAUUGAUGGCACACAUAUAAUGGCCUGCGUAACCAAGCACAACGUGGUGCCAUUUAUCGGUCGCAAAAAAACCCCGACACAGAAUGUUAUGUGUGUGACAGACUUCGACCUUUGCUUCACGUUCGUUUGUAGUGGGUGGGAGGGCAGUGCGCACGAUUCACGAAUUUUCACAUCCACUAUAAACGAUCCCGUGAUGCGCUUCCCAACACCGGCCGAAGGAUUUUAUUAUUUGGUGGAUUCUGGAUAUGCUUGCUCUAAGGGGUUCUUGCCCCCGUACCGCAACGAACGAUACCACCUACCAAACUUUCGUGACGGUGGAGCCCAACAUCGGAGGAAGGAAGAGUUGUUUAACCAUAGACACUCUUCACUACGAUCGGUGGUGGAACGAACUUUUGGGAUCUGGAAGAAUCGAUUUAAGAUUUUAGAAAAUAUGCCACCAUACGAAAUCCCAGCACAACGUUUAAUGGUGAUUGCAUGUUGCACUGUCCACAACUUCAUCCGCAAGGAUUGUGCAGACAUUGAUCCAUUAUUUAGUUCCGCUCUGCAGGAGAUGUACGAUGAAUCUUGGAUCAAUGUAUCGCAACGGGCUCUUAUGCCAGGUGUAUCGUACGUAUCACCUGGACAACAACCUGAUCAAUCCGAGGCUGGCACAAGGUUCAUGGGGAUGUACCAGAAUUCAAUGUGUUAUGAUAUGUGGCGCGCGGUUAAUGGCGACUAAACCGUAGCAAUUUUUUUGCUUGUAUUGAAUGAUGUGAGCUACUACUUUUUGUUUUUGUAGUGAGCAUUGUUUAAAAUUUGUUGUUGAACCGGUUAAUAAGUUGUUGAACCGGUCAAAAAAGUGAGC